AUGGCAGAUGAGAAAAAUGAAUUGAACAUAGACUUGGAAAAUGAUUUAGUGACAUAUGUCAAUCUUGAAGGUGAUGUCAACUUUGAUUAUGAUUACAACACCUUUCAAAAUGAUUUAGCAGUAUCUGAAGACCAUAUCAAUUCUUUUGCUUUCAAAAAUGAUCCAGCUAGAAUUCCAAACUCUGUUUCAGUUACAUUGCAGUCAUAUUUUGUUGAACUUGGUCCAUGCCAACCUACUUCUCAUAACUUACCAAAUAAGGAGUUUCCAAAAACAUAUGAUUCAAAUAGUAAAUUUCGUUCAUUUCAUGAAUCAUAUUACUUUAAGCAAGUUGAAAAUCAACCUCCCUGUAAACUUUCGUCAGGUUCAUGUGAUUGGAAAAAUAUUUUAAGAGUUAUUAGAAACCAUGAAAAUUUUCCUGAACAUUUAGAAUCAGAAAUAAACAGGAAUCUGUUUACUAAGAGAUUGAAGUUAGAUCUCAGAGUAGAAACUAUACACUCAGCUAAUCGAAAAGUUGCAGAAAAUCGAGAAAUCGUCAAAACAAUUAUCGAUGCCCUAGUAUUUAUUUCCCGUCAAAAUAUAGCUCUGAGAGGUCAUGAUGAAAAACACUCAUCAUUAAAUAAAGGAAAUUUUUUGGAACUAAUAUCUCUUUUAGGAGAUUAUCAUCCAACUUUAAAAAAUCAUUUAAAUACAAUUAAGUUAAAGGAUCGUAAUCGUCUUACAUUUUUAUCUAAUAGUAGUCAAAAUGCAUUAUUAGAUAUAUUGAAGGAACAAAUUCGUGCUAAAAUAUUGGAUGAAAUAAAACAUUCACAAAUGUUCUCUGUGAUUAUUGAUACAACAACAGAUAUUUCAAACUUAGAACAAUUCACAUUAAUUGCACGUUAUGUAUAUAAAGGGCUUAUUCAAGAACGACUUGUUGCUCUUGUCACUGCAUCUGAUGGAACAGGUAAAGGUUUAUUUCAAGAGUUUUGCAAUAUAACAGAUAAAUAUAACUUAAAUUGGCAAAGCUAUUUGUAUGCUCAAGCCUAUGAUGGAGCAGCGUCCAUGCAGGGACAAUAUUCGGGACUCAAGACAUUGAUUCAGCAACAAAACCCUAAAGCUAUUUAUAUUUGGUGUUUCGCACACCUUUUAAAUUUAGUUGUAGUUGAUACUGCUGAUUCAAGUCUUCAUACUAGACAGUUCCUUGGAGAUCUUCAGGGUCUAAUUGCUUUCAUGAGAGCUAGAAAAAGAACAGCGGAGUUUGUUGACUGUCAAAAAAAAUUGCAACCAACUGAACGAAUUCAAAAAAUAAAAUCAUUUUCAAAUACAAGAUGGACCUCACAUGGUCGUGUGAUAAAUGUAGUUUAUUCCAAGUUUAAAGCAUUAACAAUGUGUUUAU